AUGCAGUUCUACAUACGAGAGGCUUGGAUCCUCGACGAGCGACGUUUCCGGGAAUGGCUGGACCUCUUCACAGACGACGUUUUCUAUUUCAUGCCACGUCGCUUGAACAUUCACCGGCACGAGACGGAGCGGGAGCUCACGCCGGUAGGCGAUUUGGCGAUUUUCGAGGACGACAAGACCUACCUGACAAUGCGCGUGGAGCGGCUGGAGACGGGGAUGGCCUGGGGCGAGGACCCGCCGUCCCGCACUCGGCACUUGGUCGGCAACCUCGUGGUUGAGCCGCAGCCCGAUGGUGAGGUCCGAAUUGCGAGCGACCGCGUCAUACUUACAGUCGUGCUGGCACAUUGA